CCCCUCAGCCCCUCCCCCACCCCCCCCCAAAAAAAAAGGGGGUCCCGAAGCGCCCCUCCCCCCCCGCCCCUCCCCCACCAUGAGGGAUCGGACCCAGGAGCUGCGCAGCGCCAAGGACAGCGACGAUGAGGAGGAGGUGGUGACGGUGGACAGGGAUCACUUCAUGGACGAGUUCUUCGAGCAGGUGGAGGAGAUCCGCGGCUGCAUCGAGAAACUGUCGGAGGACGUGGAGCAGGUGAAGAAACAGCACAGCGCCAUCCUGGCGGCCCCCAACCCCGAUGAGAGGACCAAGCAGGAUCUCGAGGACCUCACGGCCGACAUCAAGAAGACGGCGAACAAAGUCCGCUCCAAAUUGAAAGCCAUCGAGCAGAGCAUCGAGCAGGAGGAGGGGCUGAACCGCUCCUCGGCCGACCUGCGCAUCCGCAAGACGCAGCACUCGACGCUGUCGCGGAAGUUCGUGGAGGUGAUGACGGAAUACAACGCGACGCAGUCCAAGUACCGCGACCGCUGCAAGGACCGCAUCCAGCGGCAGCUCGAGAUCACCGGCCGCACCACCACCAACGAGGAGCUGGAGGAGAUGUUGGAGAGCGGCAAACUGGCCGUGUUCACCGACGACAUCAAGAUGGACUCGCAGAUGACCAAGCAGGCGCUGAACGAGAUCGAGACGCGGCACAACGAGAUCAUCAAGCUGGAGAGCAGCAUCCGCGAGCUGCACGACAUGUUCGUGGACAUGGCCAUGCUGGUGGAGAGCCAGGGGGAGAUGAUUGACCGCAUCGAGUACAACGUCGAGCACUCGGUGGAUUACGUCGAACGCGCCGUGUCCGACACCAAAAAAGCCGUCAAGUACCAGAGCAAAGCCCGGCGGAAGAAGAUCAUGAUCAUCAUCUGCUGCGUGGUGCUGGGCGUGGUCUUGGCCUCCUCCAUCGGCGGCACCUUGGGCCUGUAGCGCCCCUCCCCCGCCCCCUCCCCCUCCCCCACCCCGGGGGGGGGGGCGGGGCAGCCCCGGCGCCCCUCCCCCACCCAGGCCCCGCCCCCUCCCCUCGUUAACGAUUGCCAAUAAAUUAAUUGCCAACGGACGAACCAGCACGCGGUGGUUCCGUCGCCGCCGGCCACGCCCCCCCGGCGCCGGCACCGGCAAAUCUAAGUUGGCUCCGCCUCCUCCUCCUCGGCCUUCAUCGCAUCCCAUCAUCCUCCUCUGCCGCCCGCCGGCCACGCCCCCUCCGCGGGGGGGAGGGAUUUCCGGCCCCGCCGGCGCCGCGCCCACGCCCCUCCCCCACCCCAACCCCCACCGGGCUGGGGGCUGCCCCUCCCCCCCCCGCCGCGCUCUGUGUCGCCCCCUCGUGGUCUGUGACGUCUUUGCUACGAAACCAUUGCCAAAAACGCA